AUGCCGGGUAUCAAAGGCAAAAGGGUACCUGGUCGCCCUGGACGAUUCGACCCAACAGAACCGUUACACAUGACAACCAGACGAGCCGCCAAAAGGCCUACAACUAAUGGCUCACCUUCGCUCUCAGGGACUGCGGACGAAGAUGACAGCAGAAGAGGAUCUUUCGACGACGCUCGACCUCUUACUUCUUACAGCAACGGUAGCCAGCGGUCGGCGAAAAGCCGGCGACUCUCGGACAUCUCUGUCCCUGCUGUCACUCCGGAAGGGCAGAUGAACGGCAUUCACUUGUCCGAAGGCAAAGUCAGCGAUGAGCACCAGUUCCAGCCCUUGCCGCCUAUCGAGCAGUCACCUAAAACACAACCUCAACCCCAUCCAUCACCGUCGCCAUCGCCAUCGCGAAAAAGGAAGCGGUCGCCAUCACCUCAACCUCACUCAUCGCCCCAACAUCCGGACAGCACUGCAACCACCAGCUUCGAGAACAAUGGCGAUGUCAGCCCAAACUAUGAAGAAGAAAUGGAGGGCGUCGAAGUGGUGCGUCCAGACGAACUUUCCGAUCGCGAGGUGCCUGCAUCACAAGCCACUUCUCGCUCGGAUGACGACGCAAUGCAACUUGAUGAUGGUCUCAUGGCACCGUCUAUGGAUCAGACUCCGGCCAUUUCGGGCCAAAUAUCGCCUGUCACAAGUGAAUCAAAAUCACAAGACGACAUCGCGAGUGCCAAGAAAUUGGGCGCCGCGCUUGAGAUCGCACGUGCAGAACGGGAUGAGCAAGACAAGCGCGAUGACCUUGGAGACAUCGUUGAAGCAGCUGACGAGAUCGACGAAGUUGAUGAAGUCGAUGGGCAAGUGAGGUCAGAGGAUGACGGACGCCCACGGAAGGGUCGCUUUGGCGGCCGGCGACGAGCAACGCAUGCAAUCCCUAGAGUGGAGAGAGCAAUGCAACGGCAAUCGGAGCUGAAGUCUGCUUACAGAGCCAUCGCACGUGCGCAAAAGGCGGUGCUUGCUGAGAUUGCUCAACGAACAACCGACGAUCUGGAGGCCAGUACAGAGUCACACUCACAAGCCACGGAGUACGAAGAAGUUCGUGCUGGGCUUGAAUAUGCAUUGGCAGAGAGGAAACGACGUAUCAAUGCGCAGCAUGAGAUGAACAUGGCGCAGCUGAGGAAGACGUUUGAGGCUCAGCAAGAAGUCGAAAAAGGAAUGACUAGGCGGAAUAAGGAGGUCGUCCACGAUGAGCAGCUCGAUCGACUGAAACACGACAUACUACGAAUAUCCCGAGCUGCGCAGAUGCAUGGCACUGAGGCAGGUUACGAGACCGAAGACGAAGACGAUGUCAUUCCUCGUCCCAAAGGCAUGGGCUACCGCUGGAAGAGGACUGCUGGGCUGGACCCAGCUUACGACUCGCGAAGCCGACUUGGUCUGGACACUCAACGGGCGAUCGGCGAAAUGGACAAGCGAUUCCAGAUACGCAAGAUGCUUGAUGAGCUUGCCGAGCAAGACAAGCCUGAGGAGCUGAAGAAGUUCACCGUCCGAGACAGCGCCCGCCGUGACAUGGCUGUUGAGAACAGACUCAGUAAACUCAACACCAAGACCCUGGCAGAGGCCGCCGCAUCGCUCCAGCGCCUUCAACAGAUUGAGGAGGCUUCUCGGAAUAUCAUCCCCAACGAAGAGGCAAUUGGCCUGCAAGUGCUGGGAGAUCUUGCGUCUAGACCUUCUAUCACUGGCUCCGCUCCUCCACCCUCUCGUGGCAAAGAUGGCAGUGAGUCGUACGUUGGCCAGACGCCUCCACCUCGUCAACAGCCACCCUAUCUGCAAGUGCAGACGGACCAAGGUCCCAGUCGUAUUCCUGUCAACAUGUCGCCGCAUACGCAGCAGGCUAUGAACGAACGGUUCGACGCCGGCAACCACCCUCCAUCUACUCAACAGCCGCAGCACGAGGCUGCUCCUCCACUACGCUCACCAGAAGCUUCGAGAACAGGGCCUGCGAUGAAGUCACCAGCCACGAAUGGAAAUCGUUCUGACGUCUUCAGACUUUUACACAAUGAUUCUGACUCUCGACCUGGUUCUGGACCAGGCGCUUUCGACCGACCGGCCAGUCAUCAGGACAACACACAACAGAAUCGUGAACAGCGGAAAGAGCCUCUCGCGUCGCCAUACGGAUUCGGCGGGCGUCGAGACGGUCCGUCUUCCUGGAGGAGCUUUGGUUCGAACCAGCCAUCUACUGUUUUCGACAGGCGGCCUUCUACCAACGACAGCAUACCACGCUUUGGCUUCUUGUCACAAGGGUCCCGGCCGUCGUUGGGCGCAUUCGGCCCGCAGGACAGAAAAGAUGAACGAGACUCAGGCCGAAACCAGGCGACAAUGCCUGCCAACUGGCUGCCUAACAAUCUGCCUCCUCGACCAGACCAAGCAAGCCAAGCAGGAGCAGCGGAUGUGAGAAGCCAGCGCCCUGCGUCACCCAGAGAGAGUGGGCGACGGUCUACACUGGACCUCGGACGCUCGCCACGUUCCCGGAACUCGUCCACUUUCUCGAUCCAUGACUACCGUGCCGACCAAGACAAGCAAAAGAAGCAAGGGUCUAAGAACUCAUUUCACAAGACCAACAAGGCGGAGAGAAAUGGCAUCCCGCGUCGUCAGUGGUCGAAGCAACACAAGAACCUCGGCAAACCACUUCACAGGCCAGGACCGGCUUCUGCCAUCUCUCCAGGGGCUGACUCUUCACCCUUUGGGCGCACACCAGACGAGCGUACUGGCCCACCGGCUCCCUGGCAGACUUCCGGACCUCCGCUUCAGUCACCGCUUGGCCCACCACCGCCCUCAGCGUUCGGUCAAACUUCGGCUUUUGGCCGUCCACCUCCUCCUUUCCCUCCCACAAUGCGCGACAUCUUUGACGGACGAGACAGCCGUCCUCAGGCGCCACCGUCGAUCUGGGACAACCGGCCACCCAAUCCGUCUCCGAGUCCUCUCUAUGCUGUACCUCAGCCACAACACCAUCCACAACCGGAGUAUGGUCGCUUUGGACCACUCCCACCACAAAACUUUCCAGGCCCUCACCAUCCACCGACUCCUCAGUCAGCGCCUGGUUCAUACGGACAACAGUUCGGUGGCCCCCCGCUUGCACCUGCAGGCAACCCGAACUUUCACCCUCCUGGCUUCAGGCCUCAGCAACCUCUUCCUGCUUUUGCACAGCAAGCACAGCAGUCACAGCAGCAUUCACAGCAGAAUGGUCCCGGUAAUAAUAGGAGACGAGCGCAGAGUGAUGCUAGCUUUCCUAAGUUUCACUCAUGGAAUCCGCCGUCGGGCGGUCGUCGCUAA